UUUUUAAUGCACCUUUCAGAGAGUCAAUUACCGUAUGUCUAUGCAGAAAUGAAGCCCUGUGUUCCAUGAAAUGUAUUUGGAGCGAUUGUCCAGGAUUCAAGUGGAACAAUCAAACUUGUUUCAUGCUUGCACCGAACCAGACCCUGCCAAUCGCCACCCAAUCGAAUGGCACCAGCAUUUUCAUACGGGACGAUUUGAUUCAAAAAGUGGAGAGUGUCAUAGCUUACAACGGAGAAACGUUCCAUGAAUUCAUUCCGAGCACAUCGCCAUUGAAAGGUUUUCUCAUGACAUUUCCCGAUCCACCGACCAGUCCACACCAAGUUUUGAUGGACUUUGUUUGGGGUUUUCAUAUUUGUAAUACCCUUGAAAGAUCAUGCCAUCGCUGGUACUUUGGAACUGACAAGUGGAUUCCAAUGCCUGACUUGAAUUUUCCUCAUGCCGAGGUUCGUGAUAUGAUUCGAGUCAAUCAAACAUGGUGGAUCUUUGGUGGGUACGGCGAAAAACAGUCACCUGAUAACACUAAUUAUCCAAACCAACUGUGCGAGUACUUGGAUGACCGUGAUCGAUGGAACCAAGGGCCUAAGUACCUGAUUCGAUAUCUUGAGGGCAUUGGUGUAAUAUCAGACUCAGUCGUUAUGGCCGUAGGAGGUGCCCACACUCCCAAGAAUUAUAACUCCUUCAUUAUAAGCGUUACCGAAUUUGAUAUCGUUAAGGGAUUUCUGGGUCAUCGGUUUAGUCUGUCUAGGCGGAUGUUUGGUGUGACUUGCGGAAAUUUUGUGGCACUGAAUGGCACGAAACUGAUCCUCUGUCUAGGUGGAACCUAUUCACAAUCCGAGCCGCAAUUCAGCAACGAAACCUAUGUUUAUAACUUGGAAACUGGGGGUUGGAUGGAAAUGCCCGAAUGGCAGGUCCCAGAACCCGUCAGUUUUUCGAAUUUGGCUUGGUUCCAAGGUAAUUUGUAUGUGAUUGGAGCUCGAUAUGGGGAAAGCGAUCGAAAUACUGUUUAUCGAUUCGAUGAGACGACGCAGCCAGCCUGGACGGUUGUUGAUAUGUUACCCGAUCAUCCCGAGGAAUACUCUCGUGUCCGUACAUUUACUCGGUCUUUGGUUAUAUUUUGAAUUGCAUUGUUUUUGUUCAAUUAUCUCCUAUUGUUACAAAAUACCAGGGCCAUUACUAAAUCGCAAAUAAAAAGGCAAGAACGAUUACCCGAACAUGGUGAUAAGAGACA